AAAGUGCCAGCAUGAUAGUUCCUGUUUUCACUUAUACAACCAUCAUUUACUGUCUUAGAGACGGACCCAGACAGACUAUUCUUCUUUUAAGGACAGAAGAAAACACCAACAUCUAUCUUCAAAUAGAGAGACUUCAAGAUUCAGAUGAGUGUGUCCCAGAGUAUGGAGACUGAGGAGGAUCUCCUCACAUGUCUCCAUAUCAAGAUUUACCACCCUCAGCAUAACUCCAAGAAUCUCUACCUGCAUCUUCCUCUUGAGACCAGGAGUCGACACUCAGCAGAUGACCCUCUCCGGCUGGGACGUGAUGGCAAUGCCUGCACCUUUGCACUGAACGACACACGGGUGUCCCGCAAACAGCUGGUCUUCUAUGCCUAUCGUAUCCCACAGAGUCCAGAUAUGCUGUUCACCAUCCAGAACUUAAGCCAGAGAGGGAAACUGUCAGUGAACAGCUCAGCACUGGACUAUCUGGAGAGGAUGGACCUCCCGGAUAAGGCCCUAAUCCGGUUCGGAGAGUAUGAAAUGCUCAUCGUUCGUGAGUCAGGUGAGGCUAAAGCGAGCUUUGAGGUGGGGUUUGAGGUGCUGAAGGUUCCUCCAUCCAGGGAGACAUGCGAGAGUGUUCCAAGCAUGAGUCCAGUCAUGGACACAGGAACCAGUGCCACAGCUGAACAGACAAGCAUGGGCACAUGCAGCAGUUCCAUCGAUAGGCUUGAUGUAUUUUAGCAUCUUCCAGUCAUGUGCUUUAAAUGAAUGUUUUCCAUUGCAAUCUGGAUGCUGUCAUCUUCUAUCAAAACUAACCACUACAGUCCUAACUACCAUUCCCUCAUCGAUAAGAGGACAAGACAUGCUCCUUUUCCAUAUUUUGUAAGGACGUUUUUACCUCGAUAUCACAGAUCCUUUUGACCUUUUAUUGUUAAAUCAGUCAAAAUUAUAUCAGCUCUUGGUUCUGGUCCUGUUUCUUCUGUUUUGCUUACAUAUAUGUGUUGUUUAAUUGGUACAUUCCUGUUUUCUGUAUGUUUUUAAACAUAAGUAGCCCCAAAUUAGCUGUCCCUGAGGAAAUAACUAAAACAGUUUGAAGUGGGUCAAAAUGAAUGCGAAGCAAGUCAUAGACACAGCUUUAUUAAAGGUUUUAUCCAAGCAUCUUACUCUGAGUGUUGGUCAGCCAUUUUUAUAACAAGCAGUUCAGGGACACACCAGUUUUAUGGCUCUUUCAUGCGACCCCCCCCAAACAAAGCAGAGCGGCUCUGCAGCUGACACUUUGUAAACCAGUUUUCCAGGUUAACUUGAGAUAAGGUAGUCUGCAUUUAUCUUCUCAGGUUACAGACACAGGUCAAGCUAGAAACUAAAAACGAGCUGGAAUUUAGGUUUGCUCUCUGUGGGGUGAAAUCAAGGCUAAACUGUUUGGAGGGGAAAAAAACAUUUCACCUAGGCGGACCUUCAGCUGACAUCAGAGAGAUACCAGCGGUAGAUAACGACAGGUCACAUUCAGGUCAGAUCUAAGAAUUUGAGCUAUUGUUUUAUAGUCAUAUGACAAAGUCCGGCCUCAAAUAAAUGAUAUCAGAUAAACAAUCAGUUCUUAACAACUGAAGGCUUCAACAUAGUCAAGAUAAUUUUGGACUAUGAAGCAUCAUCCAAAGCCCAUAAAACCUCCCCUGCCUGAGUAACAACACCAUUACCGUCCCUGGAUUUCUGGAAAGUCAGUCAAGAAGGGAGGGUCCUUCAGGGAAUCGUCAUCUGAACUGAAAUGACCCCAAUGAGCCAAUAGUAUUUACCAAAAGAGAAAAGGAGAAACAUUUCCUCUAAAAGGAACACUAACAGAAGAAACUGUAGUGGCAAAAAGGUGCAAGUUUGUAUCCUGUCUCGUGACCAAUGCAUGGUGGGUAAAAACUGAAAGCAGGCUUGUAUUGAAUUUAGCAGGGUUUCAGUUUCAGUCUGACAGGACUCAUUUUCUUACAUAACACGGAAUAUAGCAGCAUGGUAGUCAUCGCUGAACAGGAACAUCUGCAUUUUUACUUAGAAAAAGAAAUUGUGAUAUCUACAUCAAGGGACACUGGGUCAUGAUAAAAAAAAAAGUUAGCAUGCCAGCAAAUUCAGCCACAACUGAAAUCUAUUUUUGUCUCUAGUGAUUGAGUCUCAAUGCAGCGUUCAGCCAUCCAUUAUCUACACCGUUUAUCCUGUUCAGGGUCACAGGCUCAGCUGUCACUGGGCGAGAGGCCAGGGUACACCCAAGAGUGGUCAGCAAACACCAGGAGAACUCACAGCUACGGGCAUUUUAGAGUCACCAGUGAUCUCAACUAAUGUCUUUGGUCAGUAGGAGGAAGCAAGAGUACCUAGAAGAACAUACAAACUCCAUUCAGCAGUACCAACAUUUCUUUUCCAGGGGUGUCUAAACUACAGGUGCAUCUAAAAAUAUUAGAAUGCCAUGUAAAUUUUCUUUUUUCUACCAUUAUUUAUUUCAAAAACUAAACUUCUAGUAAAGUAAAAAUGUUUUAAAAAGGCCAAUUUGCAAAUGUUUUCUGAACCUUCAUUCUCUCACUCUGGAUCGGUACACACAACCACAAUCAUGGGGAAGAUUGCUGACUUGGCAAAUGUCCAGAAAACUAUCACUGACACCCUCCACAAGGAGGGUAAGCCACAGAAGGUCACUGCUGAAAGGGCGGUCAGUGCAGAUUCAUUGAAAGCUAACCGGAAGGGAAAAUGUGGUAAGAAAAGGAGCACACACCACAGGGCUGAGCUAAGCCUUCAGAGGACUGUCAAACAAAGCAGAUUCAAGAACUUAGGGGGCCUUCACAAGGAGAGGACUGAGUCUAGAAUCAGUGGAUCAAGAGCCACCACACAUAGAAUUGGACUACAAGUGUCGUGCUUGUAUUGUGAAGCGACUCAUGUACCACAAGUCAUUGAGGUCUCACCUGGGCUAAGGAGAAAAGGACUGGACUGUUGCUCAGUGGUCCAAAGCCCUGUUUUCAGAUAAAAGUAGAUUCUGCAUUAAAUCUGGUACUCCCAGAGUCUGGAGGAAGGUCGGAGAGGCCCAGGAACCAAGGUGCUUGAAGUCCAGUGUUUUCAGUUUCCACAGUCAGUGAAGGUUUGGGGUGCUGUGUUAUCCACUGCUGCUGGUCAACUUAUCAAGUCCAGAGUCAAAGCUGUCAGCCAUCUACCAGGAGUUUUUGGAGACCUUCAUGCCUCCAUCUGAGAAGUUUUAUAGAAAUUCUGAUUUCCUUUUUCAGCAGGAGAAGCCAAAACUACCAGAAACUGGUUUCCUCUCCAUGGGACGACUCUGUACUACUGGCCAGCCAACUGGCCCAACCUGUGGAGAAUCUCUGGGUAAAUGCAAAAAGGAGGAUAAGUGGCACAGACUGUUAGGCUCCAUGCCACAUAACUUUGAUGCAGUAGUUUGUGCAAAAGGAGCCCUGACCAAGUACUGACUGCAAAAACGAACAUUAUUUUACAGAUGGUCAACAUUAAUGUAUCAUUAAUCCCUAAUUGGGCUAAUAUUUUGAGAUAGUGGGUUUUUUGUGAGCUGUAAGUCAUAAUGAUCAAGAUUAAAACAAAAGCAAGUCUUGAAAUAUUUCACUUCGUAUGAGAUGAAUCUAGAAAAAUGGAAGUUUAACUUAGGUGCACCUGUACUUUUCUGUAAGUGGCCCUCAAUGGAAAAAGUUUGGACACCCCUGACUUCAAACUUUCUUUGGUGUUUUCACAGUGAUAUUGAAAUAAAGCUCCCUUGCCUCCAUGUUGCAAAAUCAGACUUAAGUUUUAUAUUCAUAUGUGAAACUAUCCUUGCCAUUUAAGCCAAGAAAACAGUAAUUUAUAAAAACAACAUAAAUGAAAGCUGCUUAAGAAAAGGUGGCAUCUUUUAGAUGAAGCACAGGGCAGCUUUGUUUAUAUAAAACAAAUGUUGGAAAUGGUUUUUAUAUUAUGAAAGUUAAAUGUGAAGUUGCAAACACCUACUGCAGCACAAUAAAUUAAGUUUUAAUGUUUUAUAGUUGUCGGUCGUCUUAAUUUUUAUUAGCAAUGGUACCUUAAUAUAGGAGUACACUCAUAAGGCAUGCCAGUUCAACUGCUCAUUAGCACAUUUAUACAAUUACCAAUUACAUGGCACUAACCAAUGCAUGUAAGA